AUGGCGCAACAAUUAACAGUCAUCUUUGGGGAGUUGGGGAUCAGUCAGUAUCUCGAUGCGUUCGUUGAGCAGGGUUUCGACACAUGGGAGACUAUUCUCGAUAUCACGGAAUCUGACCUCUGGUCCAUCAGCGAUGUCCUAGGCGUGAAAUUAGGUCAUAGACGGAAACUCCAGAGGAGGAUAGCAAAUUACCGAGGGCUUGCGCCAGAAGCUUCAUUGGCUCCCUUGGCACAGCCCAGCAUAGAAGAUUUCAGGCCAACAGAGGUUGUACCUCGUGCUGAGCCACCAAAGAUGGAGCUACGAGAACCUGGGACUGUUAUGGUUACCAAGAGGAAGUAUCGUAGACACCCAAAGGCAGACGAAAAUGCGCCGGAAAGGCCUCCAUCAGCCUAUGUGCUUUUUUCCAACAAGAUGCGCGAGGACCUCAAGGGCCGUAAUCUCUCAUUCACCGAGAUUGCCAAGUUAGUUGGCGAGAACUGGCAGAAUUUGACGCCGGCUGAGAAGGAGCCUUACGAAUCCAAAGCGCAGGCUUACAAGGAAAAGUAUCACGCCGAACUUGCCGAGUAUAAGAAAACGCCCCAAUACCAAAAGUACAUGCAGUACUUGGCAGACUUUAAGGCGAAGCAUUCUCUACCAUCUCAAGACAACGAUUCGUCGAAGCGAGUGAAGCUCUCGGAAUCUGGUGGUCCCAGUAGCGCUGCUGCCACGCCCACCAGGGCAUGUCGGAGUCACAGUGGCGGCAGUGACAGUAUUCACGGAAGCGAACCACCGCCAUCCAGGGAACAGAGGAUAAGCUCUAUUGUUUCCACCACGGAUUCUCAUCAAUCGGCGGCACUGAGCCCAGGGUCGUACCAUGACGACUGCAUGCAAUCGCCACGUACGAUCCACGCGGAUCGACGGUCUUCGGAACAACGAUCACCCACGGCUUUCAACACCGAUGCCAGGAAUUACCCAUUACCCAGUCGAACAGAGACUACCCGACCGGAUGAACAUCGUCAGGAACAACCGCUAAGCACACCUCAGUCUCAACAAAAUCUACCAUCCUUCUCCGAUGUUUUUGAUAGCCACAGAUUUCUGCCCAGCGGGUCACAACAGACAAGCGAUACAAGCAGCUAUUUCCCAAGAGGAAGUCUCACCAAUAGCCCUGGUCCCCCACCUGGCCUGGUUGGUGGUGAUCGGAGAUAUCCGCCUACGUUGAAGAAGGAGCAGUCCUCGGCGGGUAGCAUAUCCUCGGCCUCCACGGCCUCGUCCUUUGGCUAUCCAAGGACCCCUACUGACGGUCCAUUGCCGAUACAGGCUUUGCUCUCAUCCAGCUCCGCCCACUCUUAUGAGGCAGGCCAACCGCACCAUUCGUACCCGACGGGUCCCUUGCCUGUGCAUCAAAAGCAGCCGCAACAUCAGCAGCAGCCGCCGCAGCAGACAUCCAUGUCUGCUGGACAGCCGCCGGUGCUUGCUAACCUGGCCAUGACAAAUGGUAUGCCUUGGAGAAAGUCACCUUCAGUAUCUAGAGAAGCCGCUGACGAAGCCCUCGUAGGCUACCAUAGGGCUCUAUCGCUCGCACACGUGCCUCCUGCUGUAGCGAAUACUGCUACUCCCACUUCCCAUUCCGUUAGUGCUGUGUAUGGAAUCCCGUCACGACUACCACCCCAGCAGAUGGGCUCUGGUCUAGCACAGCAACAUCAACAAUAUGACAGGAAACCAGAGGGAGGGAACCCCAAUCUCGAUGGAAUGAGUGCCUUGUUGAAGGCUGGCGAGAUUGUUGAUCGGCGGACGCAUUGA